AGAACUUGGUAGAAUUUUUUAGAAAAAUGUCUUCAUUUUCGAAAUUUUCUAAAAUCCUUUUCAGUCUUUACUUUUAAUAAUUGGUGCACUUAUUCAUUGAUGUAAUUCGAUAUUGAUUUCUGUAUUGAAUAAGUUUUUAUCAUAAUGGUUUUCCAUACUUUGGUUUUGGCUGGCAGGGCGUUUAUAAGAAAUCCGAUACCGGGUCCAGAUAUAUUUUGGAAACGCCGAAGAAUAUUUCGAUUAACCAGCUACCUUUACGGACGAAGAAGAAAUUGUUACCGUACUGCGAUUCGGGCUCUACAUCAUGUUCUCGAGGAUUGUACGAGAGGACGGCGUGUUAAAAAACAAGAUAUGGCUAUUUUAUGGGAAACGAGAAUUGAUAGUGCAGCUCGCGAACAUGGCAUAUCUGGUUUAACUAUGAGAGAAGCUUUGCCAAGAUGCAAUAUAUUUCUCGAUAGAAAAACUCUCGCUGAUUUAGCGAUAUGGGAACCCCGCACUUUCAAAGCAGUGACCGAUGUUGCUAAAGGCAGAGCUGCAAGUGAUGAAGAUUUGACUUACCCUACGAAAGAUAAAGAAGAUCUUAGUCAUUUUGCCACCAAAGGCAUGUUAAAAGAUCCGAAAUAGGACUAGCGUUGAAUGUAUUUUGUUGUCUUUAAUAUAGUGUUAAUUUGUAUCAA